CCUCUAGACAAAGGGGCAGAAAUGGCGGGCUGCACUUUGCUCUCUGCUCUCUAGUAAAACGCUUCUGUCACCAGCGCACGGGAUGGGAGAAAAGGCAAAGUUUAUCCCGGGGCUUUGGGGAGCCCGCCCGCCCCCCUGCCGGUGAUUUCGGAGUGCGUGGGCUGCGCCCGCUCCAGUGCCCUGUAGCUCUUUCCUGUGUGGCUACUGGAGCCCGCUCCGCAGCUCAGGCUGCCCGCAAAUCCCGAAGUGAGGCUAGCGAGAGGGUGUGGGUCGCUCCGUGUUUGGUUAACAAAUUCCCUGCAGAACAGCCCCCGAGCCCCAGAGCUGUGCUGAUGUCACAUCCGCUGCCCAGCUCUCAGCCCCUCUGCCAGCAGCCAGGGCUCCGCUCUUUUCUUGGGUCAAAACUUUUGCGGUGGGUUGGUUGCGGACUGAGGGAAGCGGGGGGCGAGGGGAAGUGGGGGGGGGGGGGCUGGAGGCGCUUCAGCACCACGGCCAGCGCCUUGCUCGCUUGCCUUCCCUGGGCUGGCGCUCCCCUCCCUCUCCGCUCUAAGGCUGCCUGCGGAAUGAUUGUCCCUCGGGCGGCUGCGGCUGCCAUUCGGCUCCGGCGGGCGGGCAGAAAGUGCAACUGACUAGCCUGGGCUCUGCGGCGAGAGCGGAGUGAAUGAAUGAAGAGUGAAAAAAGCGGAGCACACACCUUGGAUCAGAAUGCAGGCGGCCUCCAACAUCCUCAACCUGCUGCUGCUGGCUUUGCUCGCUGGGCUCGAUCCUUCCAAGACUCAAAUUAGCCCCAAAGAAGGGUGGCAAGUGUAUAGUUCAGCCCAAGACCCAGAUGGCCGAUGCAUUUGUACUGUAGUUGCACCAGAACAAAACUUAUGUUCCAGAGAUGCCAAAAGCAGGCAACUUAGACAACUGCUAGAGAAGGUUCAGAAUAUGUCCCAAUCUAUUGAAGUUUUAAACCUACGGACUCAGAGGGAUUUCCAGUAUGUUUUAAAAAUGGAAACACAAAUGAAAGGGCUGAAGGCUAAGUUUCGGCAAAUUGAAGAUGAUCGGAAGACAUUAAUGACAAAGCAUUUUCAAGAGUUGAAGGAAAAGAUGGAUGAGCUGUUACCAUUGAUCCCAGUUCUGGAACAGUAUAAAAUGGAUGCCAAGUUAAUCACCCAGUUCAAGGAGGAAAUUAGGAAUCUGUCUGCAGUUCUCACAGGGAUUCAGGAAGAAAUUGGUGCCUAUGACUAUGAGGAACUACACCAGAGGGUGCUCAGUUUAGAAACCAGACUUCGAGACUGCAUGAAAAAACUCACAUGUGGCAAAUUGAUGAAAAUUACGGGCCCCAUUACAGUCAAGACCUCUGGAACCCGAUUUGGAGCCUGGAUGACAGAUCCUUUAGCAUCAGAAAAGAAUAACCGAGUCUGGUACAUGGACAGUUAUACUAACAAUAAAAUUGUCCGUGAAUACAAAUCAAUCACAGAUUUUGUCAGUGGGGCUGAAUCAAGAACAUACAAUCUUCCUUUCAAAUGGGCAGGAACCAAUCAUGUUGUCUACAAUGGCUCCCUCUAUUUCAACAAGUAUCAGAGUAACAUAAUCAUCAAAUACAGCUUUGACGCAGGACGGGUGCUUGCACAGCGUAGCCUGGAAUAUGCUGGCUUUCACAAUGUGUACCCCUACACUUGGGGCGGCUUCUCAGAUAUUGACCUGAUGGCAGAUGAAAUUGGGCUGUGGGCCAUAUAUGCUACCAACCAGAAUGCAGGCAACAUUGUUAUCAGCCAGCUAAACCAGGAUACAUUAGAAGUGAUGAAGAGCUGGAGUACAGGCUAUCCAAAAAGAAGUGCUGGGGAAUCCUUCAUGAUCUGUGGAACUUUGUAUGUUACCAACUCACAUUUAACAGGAGCCAAGGUCUACUAUUCUUAUUCCACAAAAACCUCCACUUAUGAGUAUACAGACAUUCCGUUCCAUAAUCAGUACUUUCACAUAUCCAUGCUUGACUACAAUGCAAGAGAUAGAGCUCUCUAUGCCUGGAACAAUGGACAUCAGGUCCUGUUCAAUGUCACCCUUUUCCACAUCAUUAAGACCGAAGAUGACACAUAAAUUGUCUCUCCCCCUCCACCCCCCGGCACACACGCACACUUCGAAAGUGUCAUUUGUGAUAAACUCUAAAACAUCCUUCUGGAUUUCUUUUAUUUAAGUUCUUUUUCAUUAAAAAACAAAAGCAUUUUCUACUGUGCAAUGUGUUCCAAAUAUGGCUGAGCCUGUCAAAAAUGACCUGUUGGAAAUACAAGCAUCCUAACUCUUGAAAAAACAAGGCCUGCCAUGACCUUGUCAUGAAAAGCACUAAAGAGGGUUUAAGUGGCUAAAGACAGUUUUAAAAAGAUUAUGAUCUGCCUUAUAUUAGAGUCAGAGACUAAUGGUGGCUUAAAUGCAUGAAUGUCUUUUUUUUUACCUUAUGUCUUUUUUUAAUCUGUCUAUUGCUCAACAUCAGGAAAUAUUUUGGUAGUAAUCUGAAGCAUAAUGCACAUUAUUAUUAUUUAUUCCAAGAGAAAGAUUUUAGGGAUUUGAUUUACUUUGAAAAAAUGUAUAUGAUUCAUUUUGCCAUCACACAAUUUCUGAUGCGGUGCUGUACAGUACGUUUUGAACUCACUUGCAGUUUAUCAACGAUAUGUAUUUCUACCAUUGUAACCACCAUUGUGCAAUUGUAUCUCUUCACUUCCGUGAAAGUAAACUAAGUACUAUUUUUUAUAAAAUAUAUUGAAGUUUAAUCACAGUUCUAAACAUGGGUCAAUUUAAAAUUUUAUCGGACAGCAGAUCCCCGACUUUUGACUGGUAGAUCACACACACACUUGGGGUAUGCUAGCAAAUCAGCACUAUCAGCCUAUAUCCUCUUUUGCCAGUCUCUGUUGCCACCAUCAAGUGUCUUGCUCAUUUUCUCUCUCGUGCCAUUUUCUAUCUUUCCUUCCUCCCAAUCAUUUUCUUUUUGAUGUAUUUUUUCACUCUCUAAUUUUGGGUAUUAUUUUGCUCUCAUGUUUGCUCUCAUGUUCUCAUUAUCUGUAGCAGAAAGCUACAUGCUGCUUUCUGUGAUCUGUCUAUGGGUUCCUCCUUUGGGAGCAGGCUCUCAAGGUUUACAUGAAUACUGCAGGGUAAGAGGAGAGAUACUUAGGACUGUAUAUUGGCUGCUGCCUCAGCCUGCACUCCUAUAUGUAUGAACUGCCCCUCUGGUUGGCUGUAAUAGAGGCCACCGUAGAAGCAGGGAUGGAAGGGAGGUGGCUUUCCUGGAUCUACCAACUUCAUUACCUACAAUAACAGGAGCACAUUUCAACUGAGGGAAGGCUUAUCUGGACAUAUAGCAGCGCAAAAAAAAAAAAGCGGCAAAGUGGUCAGGCAUGACAUCUGGUAUCCAUCAUGAAGUUGAUGUCUAUUAAUUUAAAUGGGAAAUGUAUUGCAUGGCUAAACAAACUGCAACAGAUAUUUUGCAAAAAGUUUUAGAUAUUGACUGAAAUAGUAUUGCUGCCUCUGGUCAAAAACUGAUUAUCUUGAUUCUCAGUCUCUUUUUGUGAAAUCUGUGAGUUUUAUGAAUAUUACCAGUUUCAAAAUUGUGAGGGUGGGAUGGGGUUGUUUGUGGAGGAUUUAAUUACUUUUUUUGCAACUGACAUGGUAGAAAAGGAAAAAAAUGCUAUAUAACAUGAAGAAUGAUACAAAAUUAUUUCAUGUUACUAUGAUGCAUAUCACAGAUUAUGAAAGCCACAAGUCUGCAGUACAGAACACAAAGGCUCUGUUUCCCCCCAAAUUUGUUUAGAAUAAACACCUUUUUCAAAUCCUUUUAACCAGAAAAUGUAAAAUGGGGAAGGGGGUGGGAAUCACAAAUCUUUUUUAUGAACAAUUUGUUCUUUUGUCAAAAAAUUAAAAAUUUGCUUUUUUACCAGAUCUAUUUUGAAGCUAUUUCACUUGGUAAUUCUACCUCCAACAUACCAAUUGAGAUCAGUUUAUCUAUUUCCAAAUGUGUUAACUUCUUAAAGUAUAUUUGGUCUCAAAGCAUGUCAGUUGUGCAAUAUGUAAGCACGCAAAGAAUGGAAUAGUGUGCCUUUUUUUCUGACUAAUUGGAAAAAAAA